CUCCCCUUACAGACCAAGAGGAGGCAAUUCCUGUCCAGCCCAGCCUGGGGGAGCUCUCAGUCGUUGACGUCACAAGCGAUUCUGUCCGUCUCUAUUGGACCGUCCCCACCGGCAGCUUUGACUCCUUCCUGGUCCAGUACAAGGAUGCCGAUGGCCAACCCCAAGCGUUGCCCGUGGAGGGAGGCUCCCGCGAAGUCACUGUGACCAGCCUGGCUCCUUCCCGCAGAUACAAGUUCAACCUCUUUGGAGUCUCUGGGCGCAAACGCUCCAGUCCCCUCUCCACAGAUGCCACCACAGCCCCAAUUCCAAAUGUUGAGCAGGAAAUUCCUGUCCAACCCAGCCUGGGGGACCUCUCGGUCCUUGAUGUCACAAGUAAUUCUGUCCGCCUCUAUUGGACUGUCCCCACCGGGAGGUUUGACUCCUUCCUGGUCCAGUACAAGGAUGCCGAUGGCCAACCCCAAGCGUUGCCCGUGGAGGGAGGCUCCCGCGAAGUCACUGUGACCAGCCUGGUUCCUUCCCGCAGAUAUAAGUUCAACCUCUAUGGAGUCUCUGGGCGCAAACGCUCCAGUCCUCUCUCCACCGACGCCACCACAGCCCGCCUUACGGACUCAGAGGAGGCAACUCCUGUCCAACCCAGCCUGGGGGAGUUCUCAGUCCUUGACGUCGCAAGUGAUUCUGCCCGCCUCUAUUGGACUGUCCCCACCGGGAGCUUUGACUCCUUCCUGGUCCAGUACAAGGAUGCAGAUGGCGAACCCCAAGCGUUGCCCGUGGAGGGAGGCUCCCGCGAAGUCACUGUGACCAGCCUGGUUCCUUCCCGCAGAUAUAAGUUCAACCUCUAUGGAGUCUCUGGGCACAAACGCUCCAGCCCCCUCUCCACUGAUGCCACCACAGCCAGCCUUACAGACUCAGAAAAGGUAAUUCCUGUCCAACCCAGCCUGGGGGAGCUCUCAGUCCUUGACGUCACAAGCGAUUCUGUCCGUCUCUACUGGACCGUCCCCACCGGCAGCUUUGACUCCUUCCUGGUCCAGUACAAGGAUGCCAAUGGCCAACCCCAAGUGUUGCCUGUGGAGGGAGGCUCCCGUGAAGUGACUGUGACCAACCUGGCUCCUUCCCGCAGAUACAAGUUCAACCUCUAUGGAGUCUCUGGGCGCAAACGAUCCAGCCCCCUCUCCAUUGAUGCCACCACAGCCCCAGUUCCAAAUGUUGAGCAGGCAGCUCCUGUCCAACCCAGCCUGGGGGAGCUCUCAGUCCUUGACGUCACAAGCGAUUCU